AUGAAACUGUUCAUCAUCACCGCUGUAUUCGCUCUAAGCUCAGCUGCUGAACUUCCAUCCAGAAACUAUAUCCCUCCAGGUGUACAAGGUGGUCAAGGAAACUACCAUGUUGGUGGAAGUGGGGCAGGACAUACUGGCAACAGACGUCCACAACAGGACGCUGAAAAGAAUGCUGCCAUUAUAAAACAGGAACAAGUUAUUAGCGAAAAUGGCAAUUACCACUUCGGAUAUGAAACUUCGAACGGAAUCAGGGCUGAAGAAGCUGGUGAUACGGUAAACGCUCAGGGAGGUUUUGCGUACAUCGGAGAUGACGGACACACUUAUACCGUGACUUAUACCGCCGGAGAAGGAGGCUUUAGACCCCAGGGUGAACAUCUGCCGGUACCGCCUCCCACACCUGUUGCUAUCUUAGAAGCUCUGAAGAAAAAUGAACAGGAUGAAGCUGCAGGGAUUUUUGAUGAUGGUAAAUAUCAUCCUGAACAGGAUGGAGGCAGCCACAACGUUCCCAAUUUCGGUUCUCCAAACCACCAAGGCAGCUUCAGCAGCAGCGGUGGUUACAAGUACUGA